CUUUCUUGGUCCUCCUCGACAGCCUUGCCCCAAAGUCGAAGCCAGUGUUUUACUCUCUCGUCAACUUCAAUGGAGGCUCCGAUCAGAGCCAGAGAAGCCCUAGGUUUCAUUCUCUUCUCUCUUCUAUUUUCCAUCUGCAGAUCCUCUUCUUUAAACCAUCUCCUGAUCUCCAACGCCGAGCGUAGAAUUGACUUGAGCUCCCACAUUGUCAAAGUUUACUUGACUUUGAAGGUCGAGAAUGCUGGUAGUACGCCUACUUCAGAGGUUCUUCUUUCUUUCCCACCCACUCAAGCUGAUCAUCUCGCAACGGUUGAAGCAUUAGUAACUAAAGGAAAGAGGAAGAAGACUACAUUAGUCCGUCUUGAUGUAAAAGCGACCGAACUGCCUGAUGCACCUAAUGACGCUAAAUAUUUUACUAUUUAUUUAGCAAAUCCCUUAAAGUCUGGUGAAAGCACAACCAUAGAAGUAUUGUACCUGUUGACACACUCCCAAGAACCUUUUCCGGCUGAGAUAGCCCAAUCAGAAUCUCAAUUAGUAUAUUAUCGUGAUAGUGCGUUGAUAUUGUCACCAUAUCAUAUUAAGCAACAAACGACUUUUAUUAAGACACCAAGUACUAAAGUGGAAUCAUUCACAAGGGUGGAACCCAGUAAUCGUGCAGGCACUGAAAUAAAGUAUGGGCCAUAUGAGGAUCAUCCUCCAUACUCUUUUUCUCCAAUUCUUAUACAUUUUGAGAACAAUAGCCCAUUUGCUGUUGUUGAGGAGCUUGUUCGUGAAGUUGAGAUAUCUCAUUGGGGCAACCUUCAGGUCACAGAGCAGUACACAUUGGUUCAUGCCGGUGCCCGGCACAAAGGUGUAUUUUCAAGGGUUGAUUACCAAUCCAGGCCAACUUUGAAUGGUGCAUCCUCAUUGAGGUACCUUCUGGCAAGACUACCUCCUAGGGUUCAUUCUGUCUACUACCGGGAUGAAAUAGGAAACAUCUCGUCCUCACACCUGCGUACUGAUUCCCGUAAGUCUGAACUGGAAAUUGAACCACGGUAUCCUUUAUUUGGAGGUUGGAAAGCUACUUUUGUCAUUGGUUAUGGGCUACCAUUGCAAGACUUCCUUUUUGAGACAUCCGAUGACAGGCGUUAUCUCAACUUUACUUUUGGAUGCCCCCUUCUUGAGACAGUGGUUGACAAGUUAACCGUCAAAGUUGUGUUACCUGAGGGUUCAAAAGACCCUUCUGCUGUGGUUCCCUUUCCUGUGGAGCAGCAUCUGGAGACCAAAUAUUCUUACCUUGAUGUUGUGGGAAGGACUGUGGUGGUCAUGGAAAAGAAAAAUCUUGUUCCCGCGCACAACUCUCAUUUCCAGGUUUACUACACCUUCAAGCCAAUCUUCAUGCUUGCGGAGCCUUUGAUGUUGGCGUCCGCGUUCUUCUUGUUUUUCGUGGCUUGUGUAGCUUACCUGCACAUCGAUCUUUCCAUACGCAAGUGAAACAUCGCAGUAUUCGCAAUAAAAAAAAUAGCAAAUAGUUUGAAAUUGUCACUCUUUAGAUUGCAGUGAUGCCACUUCACCUGAGGUGAGAGACUACACCAACUCUAGAACUAGGGCAUUGUUGUAACUUUUUCGUGUACUAAAAUACACCAAAAUUCUGAAAUGUUCUAAAAAUAGUUCCCCAUUGAAAAUAUUGUCGUUAAAUUUUGAAGCUACUGUUUUUUUACAAA